GCGACGGAGGCAACGGCAACGUGGCCAUGGCCGCCAUCGCGGCCCUCCUCGCCAUGCUGGCUUGCGCCGUCCUCGUCUCGGGCGUCGUCCUCUUCGUGGCUAGGCGGACCGACAAGGUCCCGUGCCUUCGCAAGGAGCCCGCCGGAGAGCACGCUGGCCAGGGCGUCCCGUCGGCGGAGGCGGUCAGCCAGCCGCAGGCCGGCGGCGACGAGCCCGGGGCGAGCCCGUGCGCCAGCCCCCAGCGCCCGGGCGACUGCCCCGGCGGCCCUCCGCCGCACCGCCGCGGCCCGCCCGACCCC